AUGUCUUCCAAUCCUGGUAAAGUAACAGUACCGCCUAUCAACUGUAUAUUCAACUUCCUUCAGCAACAGACACUGGUGACAUUUUGGCUCUUUGAGCAGGUCCAAAUCAGAAUAAGAGGCAGAAUAAGCGGAUUCGACGAAUUUAUGAACGUGGUCAUAGACGACGCGCUCGAAAUACCCAUCGACGCCAAGACAGGGUCAGAAGUUCCUGAACAAGCCGUGAAACUAGGCCGAAUUCUUCUGAAGGGUGAUAAUAUAACUCUGAUAACGCCUGUGUCAGAUUAA